AUGGCGAGCGACGACCAUUCGGACGCGCCGCCGCCAUAUUCUUCUUCCUUUGAAGACACCGCCAGUGAAAAAUCAGAUACCGAAUUCCUUCUUCCACAUCAGGCAGCUGAGCCCGGAUUCGCGGUUUCAUCUACUCUAUCCAGAGGCCUUCAGGUGCCUUCAAGCACUGCCGCCUGCAGUUCCGGGUUCGAUUACCCCGAUGAAUUGACUCGAUACGGUAUAACUCUGGAACACUGGCGCCAAUUCACACAAGCAAUUCAAGACGAAGCCAAGCUCUCUCCGCAACAGUGGACCACCGUGAUCGGCAAAGGUCUCGGUGCGCUUGCCAUCGGCGGCCUCGUGAUCGGCUUCUUUGGCGCUAUCCCGGCUUUUCUUAUCGCUCGCACGGCCCGGAAACACCAGGAACAACGAAAUGUCAUCGCCAGUAUGGCUGGCGAGCGUGGGGGAAACCUAAUCCGUCACAUCUCGCAUUGGAAUGAGACCUUCUUUCGACCUAGAGGGGUGUUGAUUCGGGUCGAUCUGCCAAAGGAAUAUCUCGACGACAUGAGGAAAAUGGAUCUUCAUAGGAAUGGCUCUUCAAAAGAUUCCGAUGAAAGAGCCCGUGAGAAAGCAGCUCUCAAAGCACGAAUUGUGAUUAUUCCUUUGGAAGGAUCUCCUGUGAACAUCUGA